GUCGAUAGACACGACUAGGCCCGGUUAAGUCUUCCUUUGACUUUUCUUUAUCUCUCUCUCUAGAUAAAUUCAUAUGCACGCACUCAAAUGAGUCUGUAGAUAUCGCGUAAACGAAGAUGAAGAAGUGAGAGAUUUCGGAAAUUAUGGAUAUUACAAGCGAACUGCCGGACGAGUGCAUCGCCAACAUAAUUUCUAAGACAUCCCCUCAUGAUGCAUGCAGGAUGUCGUUGGUUUCCCGGACAUUCAGCUCAGCUGCUGCUUCCAAUCUCGUGUGGGAGGCGCUUCUGCCUCCCGAUCAUCAGCAAAUCAUUUCUGAAUCGGUUUCGUCGUCGUCAUCACUGAGUACUAUGCUGUCCAAGAAAGAUCUUUAUUUCAGCCUCUGCGACAAUCCGAUCCUCAUCGGCAACGGUAACAGGAGUUUUACAAUACAUAAAUGGAGUGGGAAAAAGAGUUACAUGCUGGGUGCGAGGGAGUUAGGGGUAAUAUGGGGAGACGCUUCACAAUACUGGAAAUGGUCUUCUCUUGCCGAGUCACCAUUGUUACCCAAAUCCAGAUUUUCGGAGGUUGCUCAUCUUGUGGAAGUGUGUUGGCUUCAUGUAUGGGGCAACAUUGAGACCAAAAUUCUGUCCCCAAAUACCAGAUACGGAGCAUACCUUAUCUACACUAUUGGGGAUCAAUUCAAUGGGCUUGAGAAGCCAGUGAAGUUGUCGGUUAGAUUUCUAGAUGAGAUCAGAUGUGAUUUUAUCAAUGCUUAUUUGCUAUCAAGAACAUCCAUGGAUGAUGCACCCGAGGAAGAGGAUGCACAAUUUCCAAGAGACAGAGAGGACAUGUGGAUGGAGAUUGAGAUGGGGGAAUUCUUCAAUCAUGACCAGGUAGAUAGAGUGGUCGAAAUGGAAUUGAGGGAGACUGAAGUCCUCAACUGGAAAUCUGGCCUUGUGAUCCAUGGCAUUGAGGUUCGACCAAAAGAUUUAAGAUAAUAACAUAUAUAAUAUAAAGAGAUCGAUGUGGCUUUGUUAUGGGUUUGUAUUUUCUUUUUUUCUUGUUGGGUUUGUUUGCUUUUGUUAAGAUGUUUUGUGCAGUACCACCGAUAGAGGCUGUGCUAGUGGUGUGCAUCUAUGGCUUUUGCAGUGAAAUAAAUGCAGAAAAUAAAGAUAGAUGAUGGUUCAACACUGAAUUUUACGUA